GACCCAAGGCAUCCCUUCAUAACCACAUUAUUGCCUACUGGAGACUUCUGCAGAACAGAAGGGAACGGUCAGGAAGCAAAGAUGAUCUCCUUCAAGCAACUGCCUCUUGAAGCAAAGGCUGCAGUGGCUGCAGGAGUGGUUUUCUUCUCCACAAUGAUAUCACGAAGUUAUCUGGCAGAACGACUUGAGCUCAGGACGCGGCGUUGGCUUCUAAGGCUGCAGAUGGCACUAUUUGCUAAUGCGCUCAUGUUGAUAGGAUCUCUUCGUAUUUGGAAAAGCACAGUCACCACGUUCUCCAGAUCUUCAGCUGCCAGCUCCUUCUGUUUCAUGCCGUGGAAAAUAGCUGUAUUCAUGUUUCUAGCUUUGGCUCAUUCGAGUUUCUUUACAUUUCUAUUUCUUGUUGCAGAAGAGCCCUAUUUCUUUUCUUUAGCUGCCUACACUUGCCUGGGGGCUUAUAUCAUUCUUAUCUUCUUCCUCUUCACUUUAGGCUGUGUAGAGCAGGCUUACAAGUUCUUAGCUGGGAGAGGUGCUAAGGCAGGCACUGGCAACAAGAACAGCAGAACAGCAAUGAAACCAGUUUUGGCAGUCAUGCUGACUGUUGUGUUGACUGUUGUUGGGCUAUUAAAUGCUUCCCAGCCUCCCACUGUGAAUUCAGUGGAGAUUCCAGUUCACAAGCUGCCUUCAACAAUGAACAAUCUGAAAGUGGUGUUGCUUUCAGAUAUCCAUCUGGGGCCUACGGUUGGGAAGACCAAGCUUGCCAUGAUUGUGAAAAUGGUUAAGGCUUUGAAACCAGAUAUCACUGUGAUUGUUGGGGACCUAACUGACUCUGAGGCAGAGGUCAUACGACCUGCUGUUGAGCCUCUUGCAGAACUUAACUCCCCUUUGGGGACUUACUUUGUCACAGGAAACCAUGAGUAUUACACAUCAGAUGUUAGCAAUUGGUUUGAGCUGUUAAAAUCAUUUAACAUUCGGCCACUCCAUAAUGAGAAUGUCAAGAUUGUUUCACCAAAGAGCACUGAUGACUGGUUCUGCCUGGCUGGUGUUGAUGAUAUUGAAGCAGAUGUAUUACGCUACUCAGGACAUGGGAUGGAUUUAAAAAAAGCUCUCAAGGACUGUAACAGUGAGCAUGCUAUAGUGCUGUUAGCUCAUCAGCCGAUUGCUGCAAAGUGGGCCCUUCAGGAGAGACCAGACAUAAAUUUAAUUCUCUCUGGCCAUACUCAUGGAGGGCAGAUGUUCCCACUAAAUGCUGGAGCUUAUUUUCUGAAUCCAUUCUUUGUUGGCUUGUACAAAGUUGGACAGAACACCUUUGUCUAUGUCAGCCCGGGGACGAUGUACUUUGGAGUACCCAUGAGGCUGGGCAGCAGAGCUGAAGUAACGGAGAUAAUUCUACGUUCUCCUUGA